AUGUCGGAACGCGAGAGCGGGCGUCCAGCAUCGAUGAUGGGAACACAUGGCGUGGAACAACAGCCCUUCUGGAAGGCGUACAAUGUUCCUAAAGAGGAUGACGAUGUCUUUCAGAGCUACAUCAAUCGCCAUAACAGAAAGUUCCCCAUAGCACUUGACGCAUUCCAACCCAAAGAAGACCAAAUUAGUAAUUGGGUCAAACCGCCAAACCCAGAGUGUUUUGCUUCGUUUGGAGAUAAUGGAGUCACGGCGACCGUUAAUGCGUACGGCGACCUGAUGCAAUUCAGCAACUAUCUGGGUGUUAGUGAUUCCGGAAUAUUUUCUGCAGAUCAUCGCGACAUAGACGAGCCAUAUUGGGUGGGUGACAGAGCUGAGCAACUGCUCGAGAUGCGGCGAGAUCGACGUCGAAUGAGAGUUUCGUACGGCCUGCGGAUUCCCAUCAUAAAUCUUGAACAAUGCCGUCUUCUAGGCUAUGUCCACGACAGAUGGCCGCGGUAUGAAGUUGAAGACGAACCACUGGGACCCAAACUCACUACGCAGUGGAUGGUUCAUGAGAAAACAAUCCUGCAGCAAUGUCUGAUUACCAACAUCGGGGUAGCCGAGGCGGCUGUUCCGAUCGAAUUUGCGAGGGGCAUGCGCCUCCAAGACUUGAACUUUUUGAAAGUUUUUGACGAAUUCGACAGCCUUCCUAGAAGGAUCACCCGAUUUCAAACCUUGAGCCCAAACGGUUAUGGGUGGGCUUUGGUUCAUCCUUUCUUGCGCAAGGAGGUGGAAGAAGCAAAUUUACCACCAGUCGACCAAACCGGAACGAACCCCGAGGACCCACCAGUCGAGCUUUCGGAUGCCAUUGCAGUCGUGGUAUCUGUGUUCAUAGAUGGUCAAGCAGUCAUGUGGAAUUCCAACAGCCUGAAUGGCCCGGAUGACACCAGACUGUUGGUCCAAUCUUUGAAGGAGAAGGCCACGAUGGAGGUUGUCACCGCCUACAAGAUGGUACAUCUAACCAAGGCUAGUGCCACAUGGGAAGAAUUCCUUAUUCCGCCGGCCUGGGCGGAUGUUAACAAGCAUCUUGCGUCAGUGUCAUUCACCGCCUUCCACCCUUCAGAUUACGGCAAGCCCGUCGCAGAAAUCGAGGAAGAGAAAUCCGGAGGAGUCUUUGCUCGCUGGAUGAGAUCUUCUUUAUCGGCCAAUGAUACACAACCACAUGGGCUACCAACGGACAGCCUGGUCAACCACAUUGACUUUGUUGGCAUCGAGUGUGUUCUUCAGCAAGUUUGCCGAACCAUGGUCGCCGAGGCUUAUUCCGAAUCUUUCAUUCCAAGUAACUCUUUCACCGACACACCAUUCCAACUUAUGAAGGCGUCCGAGUUUUCGAGUCUCUAUAACAGCAAAGACGACAGGGACUUGGCACGACAGGUUAUCCGGAAGGUUGGCAAAGCUUGGGUUGAUACACUUCACAAGUCUGACAAGCGUACUUCCCACGUUUGGCCUCAUGCACAAGAUGAAGGGUGCAACAAGUACAGACUGAAUGAACAUGUCUGGAUCUGGAGAGCUUUGAGAGCGAUCGAAGAUGACCGGCAGAGAUCUUCCGACACGAAGAAAUUUCCGGGUCAUGGUCAGAUGGCUCUUAUAGAGGACCCUGAGAACGGUCAAGAAAACGGAAAAGAAAAUGGCAUGGGUCAGCGGGACAGAACCAACGGUUAUGAAGAGAAGCUUUUCCGACAUUUCGACUCUGAUGUUGUCCAACGAGACAUCCUACGGCGGUUCACAGUCGAGAACGACGUGUCGAAGAAACGCAUGCUGGCAACGACACGAUCUUCUCGAGAGACGCGCUUUUUGCUUCAUGCCAGUGACACCGCCCUAUUCUACGGCAUUGAGCGGGACUUCUUCUUGCCAACAUUGAUUGAUGAGGUGUGGGACAACACGAUUGAGGCCCAGGUGCAUCACAACGAGAACUCAGAGACAGGGUGGGACAAUUCGAUGCGCUAUGCGCUGGCAAUUAUGAUGGGGGCCAGAAAAAUGCGCCUUAAUAAAAGAUCACCAAAAGGCUUGGUCAAAACUGCAUUCGAUGUUCUGUUUCGGACCACCAGUCCAAACGGACUCUUUUAUGGGCAGCUUGACGGAACAACCAAAGAGCCAAGGCUGUUUGCUAGGGCGGAAGAUCGGGAUUUUUAUUUUCACGCCAGUUUCGAAAUUCCCUACAUUCUUCUGACGCAUUGUUGGAAAAUCAGCUCUACACUGAAAGAUGUUUCUGAGAAAGGUCCCGAGUUGUCGCCAGGAUUCACAGCAACGAAAACGACACCACAACACCCUUUCAAUGAGGUCGCAGAGAUGAUCACACAACAGCCAAAAAGGCAAGAGCACAGGUCGCCUACAAUCCAAGUACCUGCCGCCGAGACAGUUGAAGCCCAAAGCCUCUCUCCCAGCAACUACCUUGGAGUCAAGCCUAAAAAGCCAAAGGUAACGGCUAUGAAAAAGAGUACCCCGUUCAACAGCCUCAUUGACCAGAGCAGCAUCGUCGAUUUGGAGGAAGAAUGGCUCUACAACUUUCCAUCUUUUUAUGAGAGCAGCCAUGGAGGCACCGUUGUUACCAAAGCUGCCGAAGCAUACAUCAGGGAAUUUCCAGAGUCGGAGAAAUUUCAAGGUGUAAAUCCCGAUUCAUUCUUCAAAUACUUGGACAAUCUGGCGUUGGUAGGAAAUAUCCGAAAGCAAAAGAAUCUCAGUAAGCAGCAGAGAGCGUCCGGUGACGACGUUCGGUACACCAAGGGCAACUUUGACCUUUUCUCCGCCUGUAAGCUGCCUCGCACAGCUGAGAAGGCCAAAAAAAGGCUCAUAUGGCUACCGAAAGCGGUUGACGAAAGUGCUCUAGUCUGCUACGUCAAUAGUUCACCAGAUGAGCAAGCAGCAAUGUCCCGUUUCUUUGACUCCCAUUUCCACUACGAAAACCAGUUCCUCGAAGAAACAACAAUGGUCCUCAACAUUUGGAACAGUGAACUCCAUCUCAGCUUUCAUCGGCUGGUCGAAAAGAAUUAUGAGCCGCAUCGGGGAAUCCCCCCGUUGAGCUGUGAGGAGCUCCCGGGCAACGCCAAGUGGAAGCUCGCGCAAGCCUCGAUGGGAUUUCGGAUUUCUGGAGACUUCUUUGACCGGUACUGGACCUGCCACUUUAUAGAAUACAUUCCAGGUUAUGGGAUGCGGGAAGACGCACGUGAUAAUGAACCAUGGGACGAACAAGGUUGGCGGCAAAGGAAAGUGCUCGAGCUGCUUCUUUUUGACAGGAUCAUGAAGCAGAUUUUGCGAAGCACUAAAGGGAUCUUCGAAAUGGUCAAACAUGAGCUGGGCGACAAACGCGGCGUCAUCUCAUUCUCGGCUCUCAACAGUGUCGAAUACCUUUCAUCCAGCACCAAGUGGCAGACCUACCAGCAGAUACUUGAGGUAGUAGAGGAAGAGCUCUCUGACGUACUGUCGACCGUCUCUAAAUGGGAGACGCGCGAGCAAGAUAGGGGCCAAGAGCGACCACGUUGGACACGUAACGACGAGCGGAAGUACCGCGGCUUCAUCGGAAAGAUGCAAGCGGCGACCGGCCGCCGCAUCAGAGAUUUGCAGAAACAGCGCAGCGACAUCCGGUCACUGAAGGAUCAGAUCAUUCGAGAACAGCAACAGAGCCGCGACAACGUCUCGGUAAUUGACGCAGAAAACGUUCGACUCUUUACGUACGUUACUGUCGUCUUUCUGCCUCUCGGCUUCGCGGCCAGCAUAUUUAGCAUGAGCGAAACGCCGCCACAUGAUGUUCUGAAGCCCAUGGUUGUAUGUUCCGCCGUUGCGCUUGCCCUCACGUUUGUAGCGCUGGGGAACGCAAAGAAAGUUUCGACGGCGAUAAACAACUACUCUCAUGCGAAGAUGAACAGCAGCUCAAUGAACCCUGCACACGCGAUACGGAGAAACGACGUGCGGAGGUCGCCCAAGCACCAUGAGGAGGAGGCCAAGGUCGACGAGGAGUCCGAAAAGGACCGCAAACGUGGUGGUCCUGGUUCAAGCCAUCAAAUCAACCACAAAAUUAGCUUUUCGGGGCACAUAUGGUUCUGGGUAGCCUACAUUUUUAUUGAUCUUCCUGCUCGGAGGGUCUUGGUGGCAUACUCCGACUUGAAGGCCCCAAAGCUUAAACGAUGGAUCACGUACGUUCAUGUCAUUAUAGGCGUCAUUGUUUUGCCUGUGCUACUUAUCUCUCGUCUACUCCAAUUCUUCGUUUGCAUCGCUAUGGACUUGGUUCAGCUUGCUUGGGGUAGGUCUAUUCUCCCUCAAUCCGGACUGCUCGAAGGAUUGUUUUUCAAAGUAAUCAACCACAGGGUUCGUCACUAUUCUCGUCACACCAGACACAGCAGAUGA